AUGAAGGCCUCCUCGAUUUUGUCUUUCUUGCCAAUAUUCGCUCCUGCAGUAUUCGCAGGUCCGGCCGGUUAUGGGGUGUGCCAAGCGGGGUGUGCCACAGUGGUCAUGGCUUGUUACUCGGCUGCGGGUUUCACCUGGGGAGCUACUGCAGGGUUAAGUGCUCCCGCCUCUAUCAUAGCUUGCAACACAGCUUUCGGAACCUGCCAAUCUGCUUGUGCUGCUGUUCUUUUAGCCCCGACCCCUUGA